UACUUCGUCUGCUUAUAUUUUACCUACUUGUAUUAUUAUAAGCAUUUUCAACUAUCUAUAAAACGACGAUUCAAAAUAAAAUGUCGUCUUCUUCACCUUCGCCUGAAAAUAUACCCAGGAGAUUACUUUGGCAAACUAGCAGUGAGGAUUCUUCAGAUCCGGAAAAAGAGAAUCGAGUGACAAGUCCAAAAGUCCCUCGACUUUACACGUUGGAAAGGCACGUUGGAAAGACGAAGAAUUUCGAAUAAGAUUUCGCCUUAGUAAGGAAACAGUAACAAUGCUAGAACAGAGAUUACAUAAUGUUUUAACACCGAAAACUGAAAGUCGUGAAGAGUCAGUCGUGGGAAGCACUCGUAUUACAACAGCAGCCAGCACACGCGCGCGGAUCGCGGAACGCGGAAGCCCGAUCUACACCUACCACUGCGAGUUGAAUUGCUCUGCUUACCUAUCCUCAACAGGUUACGUGCCCAGAGACAGUGCUACGGACAUUGAACAAUUAUUGCAAUACAUUUACAUAUCUUACAAAGCGACUUUGUCUCAUCUGCUAAUACAGGACCAAUCCAUCCUAUAUGGAAUGAAUAAUUAUAAUUAAUAACCCACACCAUCAAAAUUUCAAUAGAUUACCUUUAAGUUCAACAUCGGAUUCCCAAGCAACUCGGUAUUUUCGGGUAUAUAACGACUCCUUUUCUUUAGGCAUAUUUAGAUUGACACGUACAACACUAAUUUGGAUAAACCGUGCGUAUUGAACACUCCAAAGUAAAAGAAAUAUAGCCUAUAAAGUUAAUGAUAGGAAAGGAAAUAAAGUUACACGAUUCUCUGGGUUUCACAUAGAUGAGAAACACUUAUUUAAUCGCGCCAUCUAACGCACAAAAACAAAAUAAUAUUUUGCCGCUAUUGAAGGAAACUGUAAUGUAGGUGCU